UGGCGAAGAGGAAGCGAUAAGAACUGAGGAGGAGGCAGGAAGGAGAGGAGAGGACCCCCACCUUCUCACUCCAUUUCGUUGUCUUUCUUCGUGUCCUCUGAUUAUUUUAAUCUCCCUUUCUUUCUCCACGUCUCAAUCGGAGUCUGCUGCCUCGUCUUCCUUGCCGUGUAGCUCGCCGUCUUUACCUCGCUCCGUGACUCUCUCUGCAGCCACUCGGUUCCUCGCGCGUCCCUUGGAAGCGGACAGAAGCCGGGAAGGGCGGAAACGAUCUAUUUCUUCAAGGAAGAUUCAUUAUUUAGUUAUAUUGUCUGAUCUGUUUUUGUUCCAGAGGAUGCUGCACGAUUCAUUCUGUUUUAAUUUCAUAAAAGAAUUCUUCCUUCAAUCUCAAAAAUUAUUUUUAGAAUUGCAGGAGGAAACAUCUGUUCUCCAUUGUUGAUCGUCUAGUUGAUCAUGGGGGGACUGCUGGUGGAAGACAUGGCGUAUCCAUGUGGCUCAAACUAUGCUCAAAUCUUCCCCUCCAACAACAAAAAGAGCACUGGUUUCAGUAGCUUCCUUCCACCUUCGGUGGCCGGAUGCGUGGUGGGAGGAGAGGGAGAUCUUGUCGACAUGCCCCCUGAGAACUUUGCCGACGCCGGCGAUGAAGAAAGCGACGAGGACAUCGACAUCGAAGAGCUCGAACGACGCAUGUGGAGGGACCGGAUAAGACUGAAGCGCUUGAAAGAACAGCAGCAGCAGCAGCAGAGCAAAGGCAAGUCGGGCCAAUCCCAAGAACACGCGCGCCGGAAGAAGAUGUCCCGGGCGCAAGACGGAAUCCUCAAGUACAUGCUGAAGAUGAUGGAGGUCUGCAAUGCUCAGGGCUUCGUCUACGGCAUCAUUCCCGAGAAGGGCAAGCCGGUGAGCGGAGCCUCUGAUAAUCUCAGGGCUUGGUGGAAGGAGAAGGUCAGAUUCGAUCGGAACGGACCAGCUGCUAUCGAUAAAUACCGAGCAGAGCACGCCGUUCCUGGCUCUGCCGGCGGAGAUUUCAACUCCGGCACUGCUGCCUCUCAUUCGUUGCAGGAGCUUCAAGACACAACCUUAGGCUCUCUUCUGUCGGCUCUGAUGCAGCACUGCGAUCCACCACAGCGGCGAUUUCCACUCGAGAAAGGAUCGCCGCCGCCGUGGUGGCCUACCGGGCGAGAGCAGUGGUGGGCUCAAUUGGGCAUCCUGAAUGAUCAAGGACCGCCCCCAUACAAGAAACCGCACGAUCUUAAGAAGGCCUGGAAGGUCAGCGUCUUGACGGCGGUGAUCAAGCAUAUGUCUCCUGACAUCGAGAAGAUCCGCCGGCUUGUAAGGCAGUCGAAAUGCCUCCAAGACAAGAUGACUGCCAAGGAGAGUGCGACCUGGCUUGCGGUCGUUAAGCAGGAAGAGGAAAUGUUUAUGAAGUUGCAUCCAGAAGCUCGCCCGCCCGCUUCAACGGGGAGCAGUAUCACCGGAGCAUUCUCCUUCAACUGCUGCGGAAGUGAGUACGACGUUGAAGGUGUCGAAGAAGGCAACGGGAAGUUUGUUAAGUCUGCUCCGGUGAAGGAAGAAACCGAAAUUGAGUUCAUUCAGAAGAGAACUUUUACGGCACCCGAUCCGGGGAUGAACCAGAGGAUCUAUACCUGUGAAAAUGUGGUUUGCCCGCACAACGACGUUCGCCGUGGAUUUCUCGAUAGGAAUGCUAGAAACGGUCACCAGUAUGCUUGCAAGCUUCAGAACACUCUUGUGAAGAACGGCCUUCAAGUGACUGAGAACGAGCCUUUGGCGUAUCCUUUGCUACCGGAUACCGCACAGAAUCCUUCUUCGAUCGGAUCGAGUCACAAUCCGAUCGACAUAUCCGACUUGGGUAUUCCUUCUGAGGGGCAGAAAUCAAUCGAUGAGCUGAUGAGCUUGUACGAAAACAAUAUCAACGGAAUCAAGAACUUCAACGUCGGAUAUUUGACCAUGUUCGAAGAACCGAAUGGCCUUCAUGCUAGAAACAAGAUGCAAUACAACUUAUUCGAACACGGUCCUGGAAUCGGUGGCGACCUCUUUGAAGAAGUCGAUAGCUUGGCGGAUCAACCGCGGUAUGUUCAGGAAAGCGUGGCACACUUUCAGCAACAACUUAACGAAAUGCCCGGAAUGGAAUACUCAGACACUAUGCGAGGGGCUAUCGAGGUUUCUUUGCAGAAGCAAGGUGGAUUCAACUGGUUUUGUUGAAAGAAAGGGCAAUGGAGUUCGAACACACUCUGAAUCUCUCGCCCUACACGUAAUUUUCCUUGUUAUAUCCAUCGCGAACCAAAUAUUACUAUGUUAAGCAUGAUAUUUGCAUUAGUGUGCUUAGUGCCGAUCGAUACUUGUAUCUGAUCAGCUUUAUAAAUAUCCGAUGUUUCAAUAUAUAUUUUGACUGUACUCCUGUCUUUGUUGUAAAUAUUCUAUGAAGUUGAGAUGAAACUAAGAACUUGUUGUCUCAA